CUGGUCACCACCGCCGACACCGACAUCCUCACUGCCGAGCGCGCAUUGGUGGGUAUGCCGUGGGGCGACACAAUCAGCGUGCACGCGUUCAAUCCGGUGGCCCUGGAAGCCGAGACGGACGAAGCCGCGACCGCGCGGCGUGACCUCCUGGAGGCUGUGGACGCUGCCUCCGUGGUCGUGCUCCGCUUGCUGGGCGGCCGUCGUGCCUUGGGCGACGUGUUCGAUCCGUUGUGGGAAAUCUGCCUUCGCAACCGCACCCCGCUGAUCGCCUGCCCGGGCCACCAGGAAUGGGAUGAUGACCUGGUUGCCGCUUGCACCGCUCCGGUCGUCGAAGUAGAGGCUGUCUUCUCGUACCUCAUGCGCGGCGGGGUUCUCAACUUUCGCAACCUUUUCCUGUUCCUUGCUGAUACCUAUCUUGGCGGCGAUUUCGGCCACGAAGCGCCCGCGCCCAUGCCCUGGCAGGGCAUCUAUCAUCCCGAGGUGGCCGAAGGCAUUUCCGUCACCGACUACCGCGCCGCCCGGUUCACUCCGGAUCGCUCUUCCGUAGGCGUUCUUUUUUACCGCGCCCACUGGAUGAGCGGCAACCUGGCCUUCAUCGACGACCUGAUCUCACGGUUGGAAGCUCAGGAUGUCAAUGUCCUCCCCGUGUUUUCCUACAGCCUCAAGCAUCAGCCUGAGGAAGACGACGCCGGCGGCGGACACACCCUCACGGAAUACAUGGUCGAUUCGGACGGCGUCCCGCACGUGGACUGCAUCGUGAACACCAUGGGCCUGGCCAUGAGUGAUCUCGAUCACCAGCAAGGCGGGACCGGCGCCACCGUUGCCACCGGGUGGUCCCAGGAGUUCCUUGAUAACCUGGACGUUCCGAUCAUCCAGGGGAUCGUCAGCACCGGCAGUCGUUCCGAGUGGGAGGCGAGCUCCCUGGGCUUGGGUCCCAUCGACACGGCCAUGAAUGUUGCCUUCCCUGAGUUCGACGGACGUAUUAUCACGGUGCCGGUGUCGUUCAAGGAGGAAACCGGCGCGGCUCCCGACACCCUGUCCGCCGGCCGGAUGCAGCGCUACGUUGCCCAACCUGAUCGAAUGGACUACCUUGCCCGGUUGGCCUCCCGACACGCCGCGCUCCGCCGCAAGGCCAACGCCGAAAAGCGCGUCGCCAUCAUCCUGAGCAACUACCCGACCAAAGACGCUCGCAUUGGCAAUGCCGUUGGCCUCGACACUCCGGCGUCCGCCAUCCACCUCCUGCACGCCCUGAAAAAUGCCGGGUACAAGGUCGAGGACAUACCCGCGGACGGCGACGACCUCGUCCACCGCAUGAUCGAACGUUGCAGCAACGACACCGAUUCCCUUACGGAGGAGCAGCUCCGCCUGGCCGCCGGGCACGUCGAGCGCCGAGACUACGCCCGGUGGUACGCGGGCUUCCCCGAUUCGGUCCGCGCCGAACUCUUGGAAUCCUGGGGAGAACCGCCUGGACAUGUGUACCGCACCGGGGAUCGCCUCGCCAUCGCAGGGCUCCCCAUGGGAAACGUUUUCGUCGGUUUGCAGCCGCCCCGCGGCUUCGGCGAGAACCCCAUCUCCGUCUACCACAACCCGGACCUGACGCCCACGCAUCACUAUGUGGCGUAUUACAGGUGGAUCCGAGACGUGUUCAAAGCCGAUGCCAUGGUCCACAUCGGCAAGCAUGGGACGCUGGAAUGGUUGCCGGGCAAGGGCGUUGGGCUUUCCCAGGCCUGCUAUCCCGAGGUGGCGCUGGAUGACAUACCCCUGUUCUACCCGUUCAUCGUCAACAACCCCGGUGAAGGCACCCAGGCGAAGCGCCGCACCCACGCCACCAUCAUCGACCACCUCAUCCCGCCCAUGACCACAGCCGACUCCUACGGCGACAUCGCCAAGCUGGAGCAGCUCAUGGACGAGCACUACCAGUGCCAGACCCUCGAUCCGGGGAAGCUGCCAACGCUGGAAGCCCAGAUCUGGGAGAUGGUGCAGCAGGCCGAACUCCACCGUGACCUGGGUGUCGAUGAGCAACCCGACGAUUUCCCCGAGUUCAUGCUCGAAAUCGACGGCUACCUCUGCGAAAUCAAGGACGCCCAGAUCAAAGACGGCCUUCACACCCUGGGCCAACCGCCCACCGACGAGCAGAUGGUGGGCCUCCUCUGUGCCCUCACUCGCCUCGAUAACGGGGCCGUCCCCAGCCUGCGUCGCUCCUUGGCCGAAGCCCUUGGUUACGACUACUAUGCCCUGCUCGAAGACCCGGCCGCCGCGGUCAACGGCAGCACUCCCUCGGUGUUGGCGAGCGCUGACGGCGAUGCGCCGAUCAGGAACGCUGGGGAUGUGAUCGAGGCGUUGGAAUCCCUCUGUCGCCAGGCUUACCAGCGCCUGUGCGACGACGCUUUCGCCGCACAUCUUAUCCCGGGUGUGGUCGCUGAAGCGCUGGGAAAGCAAGACGCUCGCGUCGAAAGUGUGCUCUCCUACGUGGGCCAGCACGUCUAUCCAUCGCUCCUUCGGACCACAGACGAAAUCGACAACUUGUUGCGCGGCCUCGCGGGCCGGUUCGUUCCGCCUGGUCCGUCCGGCGCCCCCACCCGUGGCAUGGUCAACGUACUGCCGACCGGCCGUAAUUUCUACUCAGUUGACCCUCGCGCCCUGCCCUCGCCCACCGCGUGGGACGUUGGCAAAUCCCUGGGCGACGCCCUCUUGCAGAAGUACCUCGACGAGGAGGGCGAUUAUCCGGAGAUGGUGGGCGUGGUCGUCUGGGGCACCUCGGCCAUGCGCACCCACGGAGACGACAUUGCCCAGAUUCUCUACCUGCUUGGCGUCAAGCCCGUGUGGCAGGCCGAAAGCCGCCGGGUGAGCAGCCUGGAAGUGAUACCCAUUGCCGAGUUGGGUCGGCCUCGCAUCGAUGUUACGGUCCGUAUCAGCGGCUUCUUCCGAGAUGCUUUUCCCAACCUCAUUUACCUGAUCGAUCAGGCUGUCGCCCUCGCCGCGGCCCAGGACGAGUCCCCCGAGGAAAACUACAUCGUCAAACACGUCCGCGAGGAUGCCGAACGCCGCGCCGCCGCACCGGAUCCGGAAACAACCGACAGCUCCGGUGACCCGUCCCUCUUCCGCAUCUUCGGAAGCAAGCCCGGAGCCUAUGGCGCGGGUAUUCUGGGCGUCCUGGAUGAGCGCAACUGGGAGACGGUCCACGAUCUGGCGGAGGUGUACACCUCCUGGGGUGGCUACGCCUACUCCCGGCAGGACUUCGGCGUCACCGCCCGGAACGAGUUCCGCACCCGAUUCGGCCAGAUCGUCAUUGCCGCCAAGAACCAGGACAACCGCGAGCACGACGUGUUCGACAGCGACGACUAUAUGCAAUACCACGGCGGCAUGAUCGCCACCGUCCGCUCGCUGACCGGCCGCAACCCCCGACAGUUCUUUGGCGACAGCAGCGACCCGUCCCGUGCCCGUGUGCGGGACCUGCAGGACGAGGCUCGCCGCGUCUUCCGCAGCCGGGUGGUCAACCCCAAGUGGAUGCAGUCCAUGCAGCGUCACGGCUACAAGGGAGCCUUCGAGCUGGCCGCCACCGUGGACUACAUGUUCGGCUACGACGCCACCGCCCAGGUCAUCGAAGACUGGAUGUACGAGGACGUCACCGAGGAGUACGUCCUGAACCCCGAAAUGCAGGAAUUCUUCCGGCAGAGCAACCCCUGGGCCCUGCGGGGCAUUGUCGAACGCCUGCUGGAAGCUGUCCAGCGGGGCAUGUGGGAAAAUCCACCACCGGAAAUGCUGGACGAGUUGCGCCGGAUGUAUCUUGAACUGGAAACCGACAUUGAAGCCCGGCAGGAAGCCGGCGCCCGCUCCAAUCCCACAGCCACCUAG